UCUAAAAUUGAAUCGCUUGAAGUACAUGUUAUAGACACAAUGUUUUUUAUACUACUCUUGUUAACAACAGUCGCGCUGCUUUACGUCUAUCUGAAAUGGAACUUUAGUUUCUGGGAGCGUAAGGGAUUUCCCUAUGCGGCAGCAUGUAUUCCCUUCGGCGCGCUGGACUCUGUGCGCAGAAACAAGCGAUCCUUUGGCCUGGCCAUCUACGAUAUGUACACGGCCACUAAAAAGCCUUUUGUGGGCAUUUACCUGACCCUGAGACCGGCUCUCCUGGUCCGUGAUGCACAGUUGGCGCAUGACAUGUUGGUGAAGGACUUUGCCAGCUUCCACGAUCGCGGCGUGUACGUGGAUGAGGUUCAUGAUCCCUUAUCAGCAAAUCUUUUCUCCUUGGAAGGCAACAGAUGGAAGACUACUCGUACGAAAUUAACACCCUCGUUCACCUCGGGCAAACUCAAGGGCAUGUUCCCCACCGCCGAAGCAGUUGCUGAUAAGAUGUUGGCCUACUUGAAUAAUAAGCUGCCCGAGACAAGUUCUAGUGAAAUUGAUAUGAAGAACUUGAUGUCAUCUUAUGCCAUCGACAUUAUUGCCUCAACGAUAUUUGGCCUGGAUGUAGACAGUUUCACUGAUCCCAACAAUGAGUUUCGUCAGAUAAGUAAGGAAGUUACCCAACCCACAGCAAAGAAUAUUUUGCGAGGAACAACAUCGUUCUUAUAUCCUGGCCUGGAGAGGAUCUUCAAUCGUUUGGGCUCGUCAAUUGACGGAUUGGGACGCAUGCGUGAUUUGGCCCAUCGCACAAUUGCCUACAGGGAGGAGAACAAACUGAUGCGACCUGAUUUAAUGCAACUUUUGUUGCAACUCCGCAACACUGGAAAGGUCAGCAAUGAUGACGACAUUUGGGCGACGGAAACAGCAGCUGAAAGUCUCAAGACCCUGACCAAGGACAACAUUGCUGCUCAUCUAUUUCUAUUCUUUGUGGCUGGCUAUGAAACAACUGCAUCGACGACAGCUUUUACGCUAUACGAACUGAUGCAGAAUCCCGACGUAUUAGCCAAGCUGCGGGAUGACAUCAACCAGACGCUGGAGAAGCACAACGGACAGCUCACCUAUGAUUGCAUACAAGACAUGAAGUAUCUGGAGCUCUGUGUUAUGGAGACGACUCGCAAGUAUCCUGGACUUCCUAUAUUGAACCGAAUGUGCACUGAAGAUUAUCCCCUGCCCAACAGCAAGCUUGUUGUUGAGAAGGGCACCCAAAUUAUCAUAUCCCUGUUAGGCAUCCAUCGUGAUGAGGAGUAUUUCCCCGAACCACUCAGUUAUCAGCCAGAACGCUUCACCGAUGAGCACAGAAAUUACACACCUGCUGCUUAUAUGCCCUUUGGCGUGGGACCACGACAGUGCAUCGCGGCCAGAAUGGGCAAGAUGAACGUAAAGAUUGCGUUGACCAAAAUCCUGACUAACUUUAAUAUUGAAACUCGCCUGGAGAAGCGAGAGAUUGACUUUACUGUAAACGGAGUUCCAUUGCUCCCCAAGGGCGGCGUUCCUGUAAAACUUACUAGAAAAGCUCAAAGCGGAACUGCAUAAAUGUUUAUGAAAGAAAAUCGCUUUACCUAGUAGUUUAACAAAACUUGAACUAAAGUAAUAAGAAGCAAUCUUUAAGAUACAAUUUUUAAAUACCUUAUCGUACUCAAACUGAACUUAGUGAUAGUAAAAAUACUAUAAUUAAAAAAUACA